AACGAGGUUUUGUUUGCCCGUCCGAUCUGUUUCAACCAGAAACAAAACGUGCUCGACAUGACUGCGCCCAUGCCUGACCGACUUUAUCGGUACUCCGUAUGGCGGAUCACCAUCCCAGACCAAGCUUUGCGGUCCUGUUACUCAUCCAAGGAACAUCUCGCGCCUCUUUCCGGCCGACAAUGCAUUGUCUUGGGGGUCGACUGUCUGGGAGGCGUCGCCGGCAGAAACGUGGCGUUGCCUGGCACCUCGAUGUUUCGCGCCAUUCAGUCCGCACCUCGUAUUCACCCACGCGCGCCCAAACCCGCUGUCAAACACUUGGUAGGCGGCUCUUCUUCGAGACCAUUGCGCGCUGCAGCACAUUGUCGUCGUCGUCGUCUAUAUUGUUCCUUGUGGGAUGCGGCACAUAACUGCAUACGAAUGCGUGCAGCCACAGUGCGCUGUACCUGCAUCCGAUAAUGACCUGUUCCUGGAUUCCUUUAACCAUGGCUGCGAGACACCCCUUUUGUCGACGGGGGGAGUCGUGGGGCCUUCAUUGCCAUGGUCUCAUGAAACAAAUGUGUGGGUGAGACCGCAACAGACGAGCCACACCUUCAGACGCAUAAUAUCGUAAUGCGUUAAGGCAAGGGUUGGCCCAGCCGCAACCACGGCGCAGAGGAACAUUGGCAGCACGUUCACACUUAUACAUAAUAUCUUUCUCAUGAGAUAAAUAUUGCCUGUCGCGCAUACAUACAAACUCGCCCAGGUCCUUCCAGGGUUUGCCCUGGCAUUGCCUGGCAGUUAUCCCGAGCCUCGGGUGGUGCUAUAUGUUUGACGUGCCGAAACGGCCAUCAACAUCCAUUCAGACUGAACACUGAACACGCCCACAUGCCGUUGACAAUCUGGUUCGGCCGAGACUUGAGAGGGGGGCUCGAGGCCCGAUUCCUCCUAGUGCGCGGCAGCUGGUUGGGAGAGCGGGUGAGGCUUGGCGGGCUCGGCGAUCGUAGGACGAAUUUCGUUUCCCUCGAAACAAACACUGGAGAGUCCCCCCCUCUGUCCGCCGUCGCGGUUCCCCUGUGCCGUGUGCCCCUUUUCGACGGGCCAGGGUGAAAGAGGGAUCCUUUCUCCUGAUGCCAGCGACAAGAUUGAUGCCAUCAUCUUCCUUCACCCCUUGCAAAAGAAAACAUAAAGACAAGAAAGAGGCCCCGCUGCGUUCACUGCCCCGUUGGCGAUGGGUCUCUCUUGAGACGACCCCAUGAUUUGGUCCUGGGAUAGCCGGCAUCUGCC